AAAAAAGAAAAAGAAGGAAAAGUCCCCGCAAGGGUGUGCCCAGGGCCACACAGCCAUGCGGGCAGCUCCAGAAGGAGACGGGCCCUGCAGGGGUGUGCCCGGGGCCACACAGCAGUGCAAGCAUGGCCCCCUCCCCUUGGUGCCUCCCAGAUGGGCCUGUCCCCUCAGACGGACCACUCACAGCUCAGCCAGGCCCAUUGCUCCUGUCAGAGCCAUGAGGAGGAUGGGACAGUCCCAUGGCAUGCAGCCAGCAUGUGGAUGGUCUGGCACACCACAUGAGCAGAGUGUAGAUGCAGGGAGCACCAAGGAGGCCAAAUGUCCCACAAGAGCCCAGUGAUGUAUGGGCAGGGGCUGCAGCUGGGGGCCUGGGGUCUGUCCACAGGCAGCAGAUGGGCUGGUGCCAGGGGUGCAUGGCCGGGGGUAUCCUGACCUGCAGGUGCCACUUCCUAGAGCCAAACUUGCCUGUCUUUGACAGGGCAUAGGGACAAGGGACUCAGAGAGACUUAUGAGUGUGAGCUAUGGGGGGUUACAGGUCAGAGAGGAGGAUGAGCAUGGGGGUGAGCUAUGGAGGAUCACAGGUCAUGAGGAGGACAGAGGAGGAGGGUAAAGUAUGGAGGGUCACAGGUCAGGGAGGAGGAUGGAGAAGGGUCUCCAGACCCCUCUAUGGAGGGUCACAGGUCAGGGAGGAGGACUGGAAGAGGAGGAUCCCAGGACUACAGGAAGUCAGAAGUCGGGGGGUAACUGCUAACAUGCUGGUGUCAGGGGAUCAUCAAAGUUGAGAUCAUUCCCAGUCCCCCUGUGGCAUCAGUGUUCACAGAAGAGGAAGAAGGACCCUGGAGGGCUUGCCCUCUGUUGGCUACAGCGUGACUAGCUAUCUGUGUCUGUACCACCUCAGUGUCCAGGAUCUUCAGGCACCUUCUAAGAAUGUAGCUUCCCAAACCCCGAGAAAUGAAUGUCUGUUGAAGCCUUCUAUUCUGUGGUUUUAUCAUGGUGACUGAGCUCAGAUUUUGGGCACUCUGGGUGCAUCUGGUCUGUGCUCAGAUCCUCAGUUUCCCCAGCAGACACAGGGGUGCUGGCUGAGGGCAGGGGUGAAGCAGAGUGUGCAUAGAACUCCCAUCUUGCUGGCUAUGGUGGGUCUGCUUCCUCCCUACCCUCCUUCCCACCUCCCUGGGUGCUCUGGACCCCUGGCCCUUACACCUGGCCGUGGUGAGAGUCAACUGGUGGACACACCUGCAGGAAAAGUCCUCAGAUCAAGCAGGUGCAAGGGGCAUGCCUGCGUGUCUUCCCCUGGUCCCUACCCUCAUUUGGGGUUCCUGAAGGGGGUUUCUCAGACCUGGGCUGCUGGAGGCAGGGAAUCAACCACUUCCCAGCAGGUGGGCCCUCUGGGUCCUGGUUAAGCCCCACCAGACAAAGGCUACCUUUCACCCAGGCAGGGCUGGCCUUUUGUCCCUGCUUGUCCCUGCAUCAGGGUGAUAGCCAUGGAGUUGGGAACAGUCUUCCUGGGUCAUUUGCAGCACACACAUUGUCCUGCCGGCCCACCCUGGGGCCUGGGGCCCUCCCUUGUCCAUGGCCAGCAAAGGCCCCUAGCUGGGUUCUCAGGGGUUCCCAUUUAAAGGUGCCAUGGACACAACAGCUAGGCCAGGUGCUGCCGGAAGCACCAAGGAUACAAUACCUGCCCUAGGCCUGUGUGUAGCUUCUGGCUGCCCACCUAUACCCAGAGUCUGCAGGACCUUCAGACGGCCAGUGCACUUGGCAUGUUCCUGGGACCCCUGUCCCCUCUGGGCAGUCCUGGGUGCCCUCUGUGUGGUUUCUGGUCCCCCUCUCCCCUCUGGCUGGUUCUAGUCCCCUCUGGGCAGUCUUGGAUCCCCUCUGGCUGGUUCUGGGUCCCCUCUGACUGGUUCUGGAUCCCUUCUGGGGGAGGGGUCCCAGGUCCCUUCAAGGUGAUCUUGGAUAUCCUCUGGGGGUCUCAGGUCCCCCUCUCUCCUCUGGGUGGUUCUGGGUCCCCUAGGCUCCCUCCUUCCCUGCACCCCGGGAUAUUAGUCUGAACAGGGUUCCCCACAAGAUGGGGUCCCUGCCCCACCCACAUCCCUGCUGUCCCCCACCAAACACCUGGCCAUGCAGAGUCUGUGCCCUUUGCUUCCGUGGGGCUGGGGGUGAAACCAAAUCCGGGGCAGUGACACCCGGGCUAUUUUGGAGUUGGGCUGGGUUGGGCUGGCUGGUGGUGGGGGCGGGCCCAGCCUUCUCCAGCUGACAGCGUCCGCCUGUCCUUUCGUCCCUGUCCAGUCUGAGGACCGGCCAGAGAGUGGGCUGCUGGGUGGGAGCCGUGUCGGUCCUGGGCCCGUGGAGGGAGGUGAGACCCAGCAGCCCCUGCCCUGCCGUCUGAGCCCCCCGCCUGGGUGCUGCUCCCAGCCUCCCGUAGAGACAGGUCCGUCCCGUCGCCCCCGCCCCCCACCAUGGAUCACUCAUUCAGCGGGGCGCCCCGAUUCCUGACCCGGCCCAAGGCCUUUGUGGUGUCGGUGGGGAAGGACGCCACGCUGAGCUGCCAGAUCGUGGGCAACCCUACGCCGCAGGUGAGCUGGGAGAAGGACCAGCAGCCGGUGGAGGCGGGCUCUCGCUUCCGGCUGGCCCAGGACGGCGACCUGUACCGCCUCACCAUCCUGGACCUGGCCCUGGGCGACAGCGGGCAGUACGUGUGCCGCGCGCGCAAUGCCAUCGGCGAGGCCUUCGCGGCCGUGGGCCUGCAGGUGGACGCCGAGGCCACUUACGCCGAGCAGGCGCCCCACUUCCUGCUGCGGCCCACGUCCAUCCGCGUGCGCGAGGGCGCCGAGGCCACCUUCCGCUGCCGCGUGCGCGGCUCGCCGCCCAUGGCCGUGAGCUGGGCCAAGGACGGCCGGCGCCUGGGCGCGCCCGACGCCCCCCGGGUGCGCGUGGAGGCCAGCGGCGAGGCCAGCGCGCUGCGCAUCCAGUCCGCGCGGCCGCGCGACGAGGGCACAUACACGGUGCGCGCCGAGAACCCGCUGGGCGUCGCCAGUGCCGACGCCGCGCUCACGGUAGACGCGGACCCAGACGCCGCCCCGCCGGGAGCCUCCACUGCCGGGCUUCUGGCGCACCUGCAGCGGCGUCGGGAGGCCAUGCGCGCCGAGGGCAUCCCUGCCUCGCCACCUGACUCUGGCACGCGCACCUGCACGGUGACUGAAGGCAAGCACGCGCGCCUCAGUUGCUACGUGACGGGCGAGCCUAAGCCAGAGACGGUGUGGAAGAAGGAUGGCCAGCUGGUGGUGGAGGGCCGGCGACACCUGGUGUACGAGGACGCUCAGGAGAACUUCGUGCUCAAGAUCCUCUUCUGCAAGCAGUCGGACCGGGGCCUCUACACCUGCACGGCGUCCAACCUGGUGGGCCAAACCUACAGCUCCGUGCUAGUCGUCGUACGAGAGCCCGCCGUGCCCUUCAAGAGGCGACUUCAGGACCUGGAGGUGCGGGAGAAGGAGUCGGCCACGUUCCAGUGCGAGGUGCAGCUGCCGUCCACGGAGGCCGCGUGGUACAAGGAGGACACGCGUCUGUGGGCCAGCGCCAAGUACGGCAUCGAGGAGGCGGGCACUGAGCGCAGGCUCACGGUGCGCAACGUCUCAGCCGACGACGACGCCGUCUACAUCUGCGAGACCACGGAGGGCAGCCGCACGGUGGCAGAGCUCGCGGUGCAAGGAAACCUCAUUCGGAAGCUCCCGAGGAAGACCGCGGUGCGCGUGGGUGACACGGCCAUGUUUUGUGUGGAGCUGGCCAGGCCCGAGGGCCCUGUCCACUGGCUGAGGAACCAGGAGGAGAUGGUAGCUGGGGGCCGCGUGGCCAUCACCACAGAAGGCAUGUGCCACACGCUGACCAUCUCCCAGUGCAGCCUGGAAGACGUGGGCGAGGUGACCUUCACUGCUGGUGACUGCCGGACGUCCACCCAGUUCUUCGUGUCUGCCCCUAGGAGGCCGCCCCUGCAUGCCCCUGAGGCCCCUGUGGUAAAGGGAAGGACAGAGUGUUCCGUCACCCUUGCCUGGUCCCCACCACCCCAUGGGGACCACCCUGUCCCCAUCAACGGUUAUCUGGUGGAAAAGAAGCGGCUUGGCGCCUACACCUGGAGCCGGUGCCACGAGGCGGAGUUGGUGGCUGAACGUGAGCUGACUGUGGCCAGCGUGGCUGAGGAGGGGGACUUCCAGUUCCGGGUAUCAGCUGUGAACAGCUUUGGCCAGAGCCCCUACCUGGAGUUUCCAGGGACUGUCCACCUGGCCCCCCAGCUGGCUGUGAAGACUCCUCUGAAGGCGGUGGAGGCGGUGGAGGGUGGCGAGGUGACCUUCUCGGUGGACCUCACUCUGGCCUCUGCUGGAGAGUGGUUCCUGGAUGGCCAGGCCCUAAAGGCCAGCAGUGUGUAUGUGAUCCGUCACGAUGGCACGCAGCAUGCCCUCACCAUCCGCUCCGUGUCCGCCAGCCUGCAUGGCUCUGAGCUCAAGUUCGUGGCCAACGGAAUUGAGAACAGCAUCCGUAUGGAGGUCCGAGCCCCAGGGCUGGCCGCCAAGCGUCCAGUGGCAGCUGUGAGGGAAGUGCUGGCCCGGCUGCAUGAGGAGGCACAGCUCUUGGCAGAGCUCUCAGACCAGGCUGCGGCGGUGACAUGGCUGAAGGACGGCCACGUGCUGCCCCUGGGCCCCAAAUACGAGGUCCAGGCGAGUGCUGGACAGCGGGCACUGCUGGUGCGGGAUGUGGUGCGAGACGAUGCUGGCCUGUACGAGUGUGUCAGCCAUGGGGGCCGCAUCGCCUACCAGCUGUUGGUGCAAGGGCUCACUCCCUUUCUGCACAAGGACACAGCUGGUGGCUUGGUGGAUGCCGUGGCCGGGGGCCCAGCCCACUUUGAAUGUGAGACUUCUGAGGCCCAGGUUUGUGUGCGCUGGUACAAGGAUGGCACGGAGCUCAGCCGCUCCAGCCAGCGCUUCCUGCAGGAGGACGUGGGAACGUGGCACCGGCUGGUGGCAGCCUCGGUCACCAAGCAGGAUGAGGGCACCUACUCAUGCCGUGUGGGCGAGGACUCCGUGGACUUCCAGCUGCGUGUCAGUGAGCCCUCGGCCGUGUUUGCCAAGGGGCAGCCGGCACGCAGUGAGGUGCAGGCCAAGGUGGGGGCCAGCGCCAUGCUGAGCUGCGAGGUGGCCCAGGACAAGACGGAGGUGACGUGGUACAAGGAUGGGAAGAAACUGAGUGCCAGCUCCAGAGUGCACAUGGAGGCCACGGGCUGCAGCAGGAGGCUGGUGGUGCAGCAGGUGGGGAAGGUGGACACCGGGGAGUACAGCUGCGAGGCCAGGGGAGAGAAGGUCUCCUUCCGCCUGGACAUGACAGAACCUGUAUUGGUGUUUGCCAAGGGACAGACAACACACAGUGAGGUACAGACCAAGGCGGGGGCCAGUGCCACACUGAGCUGUGAGGUGGCCCAGGACAAGACGGAGGUGACGUGGUACAAGGAUGGGAAGAAGCUGAGUGCAAGCUCCAGAGUGCGUGUGGAGGCCAAGGGCUGCAGCAGGAGGCUGGUGGUGCAGCAGACGGCAAAGGCGGAUGCGGGGGAAUACAGCUGUGAGGCUGCAGGGGAGAAGGUCUCCUUCCACCUGGAUGUCAUUGAGCGCUCGGCCGUGUUUGCUAAGGGGCAGCCAGCAUGCAGUGAGGUGCAGGCCAAGGCAGGGGCCAGUGCCACGCUGAGCUGCGAGGUGGCUCAGGACAAGACGGAGGUGACAUGGUACAAGGAUGGGAAGAAACUGAGUGCCAGCUCCAGAGUGCACAUGGAGGCCAAGGGCUGCAGCAGGAAGCUGGUGGUGCAGCAGGCGGGGAAGGUGGAUGCUGGGGAGUACAGCUGUGAGGCCGGGGGCCAGAAGGUGUCUUUCCACCUGGAUGUCACAGAGCCCUCAGCUGUGUUUGCCAAGGAGCAGCCAGCAUGCAGUGAGGUGCAGGCCAAGGCGGGGGCCAGUGCCACACUGAGCUGCGAGGUGGCCCAGGACAAGACAGAGGUGACGUGGUACAAGGACGGGAAGAAGCUGAGUGCCAGCUCCAGAAUGCGUGUGGAGGCCAAGGGCUGCAGCAGGCGGCUGGUGGUGCAGCAGGCAGGGAAGGCAGAUGCCGGGGAGUACAGCUGUGAGGCCGGGGGCCAGAAGGUGUCCUUCCACCUGGAUGUCACAGAGCUUGCAGCUGUGUUUGCCAAGGAGCAGCCGGCAUGCAGUGAGGUUCAGGCCAAGGCAGGGGCCAGUGCCACAUUGAGCUGCGAGGUGGCCCAGGACAAGACGGAGGUGAUGUGGCACAAGGAUGGGAAGAAGCUGAGUGCAAGCUCCAGAGUGCGUGUGGAGGCCAAGGGUUGCAGCAGGAAGCUGGUGGUGCAGCAAGUGGGGAGAGCAGAUGCCGGGGAGUACAGCUGCAAGGCCAGGGGAGAGAAGGUGUCCUUCUGCCUGGAUGUUACAGAGCCUGCAGCUGUGUUUGCCAAGGAGCAGCCAGCACACAGUGAGGUGCAGGCCAAGGCAGGGGCCAGCGCCAUGCUAAGCUGCGAGGUGGCCCAGGCCCAGACAGAGGUGACGUGGUACAAGGACGGGAAGAAGCUGAGUGCAAGCUCCAGAAUGCACGUGGAGGCCAAGGGCUGCAGCAGGCGGCUGGUGGUGCAGCAGGCAGGGAAGGCGGAUGCCGGGGAGUACAGCUGUGAGGCCGGGGGCCAGAAGGUGUCCUUCCACCUGGACAUCACAGAGCCUGCAGUCAUGUUUGCCAAGGAGCAGCCAGCACACAGUGAGGUGCAGGCCAAGGCGGGGACCAGUGCCACACUGAGCUGCGAGGUGGCCCAGGCCCAGACAGAGGUGACGUGGUACAAGGACGGGAAGAAGCUGAGUGCCAGCUCCAGAAUGCGUGUGGAGGCCAAGGGCUGCAGCAGGCGGCUGGUGGUGCAGCAGGCAGGGAAGGCGGAUGCCGGGGAGUACCUCUGUGAGGCCGGGGGCCAGAAGGUGUCCUUCCGCCUGGAUGUCACAGAGCCUUCAGCUGUAUUUGUCAAGGAGCAGCCAGCAUGCAGUGAGGUGCAGGCCAAGGCGGGGGCCAGUGCCACACUGAGCUGUGAGGUGGCCCAGGCCCAGACAGAGGUGACAUGGUACAAGGAUGGGAAGAAGCUGAGUGCGAGCUCCAAAGUGCACGUGAAGGCCAAGGGCUGCAGCAGGCGGCUGGUGGUGCAGCAGGCAGGGAAGGCCGAUGCCGGGGAGUACAGCUGUGAGGCCGGGGGCCAGAAGGUGUCCUUCCAUCUGGACAUCACAGAACCUACAGUGGUGUUUGCCAAGGAGCAGCCUGCACGCAGUGAGGUGCAGGCCAAGGCAGGGGCCAGCGCCACACUGAGCUGUGAGGUGGCCCAGGACAAGACAGAGGUGACAUGGUACAAGGACGGGAAGAAGCUGAGUGCGAGCUCCAAAGUGCACAUGGAGGCCAAGGGCUGCAGCAGGCAGCUGGUGGUGCAGCAGGCGGGGAAGGCGGAUGCUGGGGAGUACAGCUGUGAGGCCGGGGGCCAGAAGGUGUCCUUCUGCCUGGAUGUCACAGAACCUACAGUGGUGUUUGCCAAGGAGCAGCCUGCACGCAGUGAGGUGCAGGCCAAGGCAGGGGCCAGCGCCACACUGAGCUGCGAGGUGGCCCAGGACAAGACAGAGGUGACAUGGUACAAGGACGGGAAGAAGCUGAGUGCGAGCUCCAAAGUGCACGUGGAGGCCAAGGGCUGUAGCAGGAGGCUGGUGGUGCAACAGGCGGGGAAGGCGGAUGCUGGGGAGUACAGCUGUGAGGCCGGGGGCCAGAAGGUGUCCUUCCGCCUGGAUGUCACAGAGCCUGCAGCUGUGUUUGCCAAGGAGCAGCCGGCACGCAGUGAGGUGCAGGCCAAGGCAGGGGCCAGCGCCACGCUGAGCUGCGAGGUGGCCCAGGCCCAGACGGAGGUGACAUGGUACAAGGAUGGGAAGAAACUGAGUGCGAGCUCCAGAGUGCGCGUGGAGACCAAGGGCUGCAGCAGGCGGCUGGUGGUGCAGCAGGCGGGGAAGGCGGAUGCCGGGGAGUACAGCUGUGAGGCCGGGGGCCAGAAGGUGUCUUUCCUCCUGGAUGUCACAGAGCCCUCGGUCAUGUUUGCCAAGGAGCAGCCAGCACGCAGUGAGGUGCAGGCCAAGGCGGGGGCCAGUGCCACACUGAGCUGCGAGGUGGCCCAGGCCCAGACGGAGGUGACGUGGUACAAGGACGGGAAGAAGCUGAGUGCCAGCUCCAGAAUGCGUGUGGAGGCCAAGGGCUGCAGCAGGAAGCUGGUGAUGCAGCAGGCAGGGAAGGCGGACGCCGGGGAGUACAGCUGUGAGGCCGGGGGAGAGAAGGUGUCCUUCCACCUGGACGUCACAGAGCCCUUGGCCAUGUUUGCCAAGGAGCAGCUGGCAUGCAGUGAGGUGCAGGCUGAGGCGGGGGCCAGCGUCACGCUGAGCUGCGAGGUGGCUCAGGACAAGACAGAGGUGACGUGGUACAAGGAUGGGAAGAAGCUGAAUGCAAGCUCCAAAGUGUGCAUGGAGGCCACAGGCUGCAGCAGGAGGCUGGUGGUGCAGCAGGCGGGGAAGGCGGACACCGGGGAGUACAGCUGUGAGGCUGGGGGAGAGAAGGUGUCCUUCCGCCUAAACAUUACAGAGCUGGAGCCUGAGACCCCCACAGUGGAGAGACCUGGCCGCAGAGAGCCUGUGGUGGUCAGGGAGCACGAGGACAUUGUCCUGACCGCCAUGCUGGCUACGCCCUCCGUGGCUGCAGUGACGUGGCUCAAGGAUGGCGUGGAGAUCCGCCGCAGCAAGCGGCACGAAACGGCCAGCCUGGGGGACACCCACACCCUGACGAUCCGCGGCGCGCAAACCCUGGACACCGCAGUGUACAGCUGCCGCGUGGGCGCAGAUGGGCAGGACUUCCCAGUGCAGGUGGAAGAGGUGGUCGCUAAGUUCUGCCGGCCCCUGGAGCCUGUGAGCGGGGAGCUAGGUGGCACGGUGACGCUGGCCUGCGAGCUGAGCCCACCGCAGGCCGAGGUGGUGUGGCGCUGCGGGAGCACGCAGCUCCGGGCUGGCAAGCGCUUCCAGAUGGAAGCCGCAGGGACCCGGCGCUCGCUCACCGUGUCCGGCCUGCGGCUGGAGGAUGCGGGGCAGUAUGCGUGUGAGACCCGGGAUGACUGCACCAGCGCGCAGCUCUCCGUCAGCGCCCCCCGCAUGGUCAAGUUCAUGUCUGGGUUGAGCGCCGUGGUGGCGGAAGAGGGCCAGGAGGCCACCUUCCAGUGCGUGGUGUCCCCCAGCGAUGCAGCAGUCAGGUGGUUCCGGGACGGCGUGUUGCUGCAGCCCAGUGAGAAGUUCCUCAUCUCACAGAGUGGCGCGAGCCACAGCCUGACCAUCUUGGGCCUGACCCUGGACGACCCAGGCCAGAUCACUGCAGAGGCCGAGGGGGUCUCCUCUGCUGCUGCCCUCCGGGUGCGAGAGGCUCCAGUGCUGUUCAGAAAGAAGCUGGAGCCACAGACGGUGGAGGAGCAGAGCUCAGUGGCCAUGGAGGUAGAGCUGACACGGCCAUGGCCCGAGGUCAAGUGGACACGGAACGCAGUGGCCCUGGCGCCAGGCAAGAACGUGGAGAUUCACGCCGAGAGCACCAGGCACCGCUUGGUUCUUCACUGCGUGGGUUUUGCCGACCGCGGCUUUUAUGGCUGUGAGACUCCAGACGACAAGACGCAGGCCAAGCUCACCGUGGAAAUGCGCCAGGUCCGGCUUGUGCGGGGCCUGCAGGCGGUGGAGGUGUGGGAGCAGGGCACAGCCACCAUGGAUGUGGAGCUGUCACACGACAACGUGGAGGGCAGCUGGACGCGAGACAGCGUGCGGCUGCAGCCAGGGUCCACGUGCCAGCUGGCCGUGCAAGGCCCCAUCCACACCCUCAUCCUGUCGGGGCUGCGGCCGCAGGAUAGUGGCCUCAUCGCCUUCAAAGCUGAGGGGGUGCACACGUCUGCACGGCUCACGGUCACUGAGCUGCCUGUGAGGUUCAGCCGCCCUCUGCAGGAUGUGGUGGCCACAGAGAAGGACAGGGUGACCUUGGAGUGUGAGCUGUCUCGCCCCAACGUGGACGUGCGCUGGCUGAAGGACGGCGUGGAGCUUAGGGUGGGCAAGACAGUGGGCAUGGUGGCCCAGGGCACCUGUCGGAGUCUCAUCAUUUUCCGCUGUGAGCUUGGUGACCAGGGCGUGUACGUGUGCGACGCUCGUGAUGCUCAGAGCUCAGCCUCCCUGAAGGUGCAAGGUCGUAACAUCCAGAUCGUGAGGCCCCUGGAGGAUGUGGAGGUGAUGGAAAAGGAGGGCGCCACCUUCUCUUGCAAGAUCUCUCACGAUGAGGUGCCAGCCCAGUGGUUCUGGGAGGGCAGUAAGCUUCGGCCCAGUGACAAUGUGCGCAUCCGCCAGGAAGGGAGGACAUACACCCUCAUCUACCGGAGGGUCCUGGCAGAAGAUGCAGGAGAGAUCAGAUUUGUAGCCGAAAAUGCAGAAUCUCGAGCUGAGCUCCGAGUCAAAGAGCUGCCGGUGACCAUCCUGCGCCCACUUCGGGACAAGAUAGCCAUGGAGAGGCACCGUGGUGUGCUGGAGUGCCAGAUGUCCAGGGCCAGCGCCCAGGUGCAGUGGUUCAAGGGCAGCAUGGAGCUGCAGUCAGGACCCAAGUACGAGAUGGUCAGCGACGGCCUCUACCGCAAGCUGAUCAUCAACGAUGUGCAGCCGGAGGAUGAGGACACCUACACGUGUGAUGCUGGCAACGUGAAGACCAGUGCCCAGUUCUUUGUGGAAGAGCAAUCCAUCACCAUCGUGCGGGGCCUGCAGGACGUGACUGUGAUGGAGCCCGCACCUGCCUGGUUCGAAUGCGAGACCUCCAUCCCCUCGGUGCGGCCGCCCAAGUGGCUCCUGGGAAAGACAGUGCUCCAGGCCGGGCCCACCGUGGGCAUGGAGCAGGAGGGCACGGUGCACCGGCUGACGCUGCGACGAACCUGCUCCACCAUGACUGGGCCGGUGCACUUCACCAUCGGCAAGUCGCGCUCCACCGCACGCCUGGUGGUCUCUGACAUCCCCAUGGUGCUCACACGGCCCCUGGAGCCCAAGGCGGGGCGCGAGCUGCAGUCGGUGGUCCUGUCCUGCGACUUCAAGCCGGCCCCCAAGGCCGUGCAGUGGUACAAGGAGGACACGCCCCUGGCGCCCUCCGACAAGUUCAAGAUGAGGCUGGAGGGCCACAUGGCAGAGCUGCGCGUCCUCCGGCUCACGCCCGCGGACGCCGGCGUCUACCGGUGCCAAGCCGGCAGUGCUCAGAGCAGCGCUGAGGUCACGGUGGAAGCGCGCGAGGUUACAGUGAUGCAGCCGAUGCAGGACGCAGAAGCCACGGAGGAGGGCCGCGCCUGCUUCUCGUGUGAGCUGUCCCACGAGGACGAGGAGAUCGAGUGGUCGCUCAACGGCACACCUCUGUACAACGACAGCUUCCACGAGAUCUCCCACGAAGGCCGUCGCCACACGCUGGUGCUGAAGCGGGUUCGGCGGGCCGACGCCGGCCUUGUGCGCGCCUGCUCCCCCAAGGUGUCGGUCACUGCCCGCCUGGAGGUCAAAGCAAAGCCGGUGGUGUUCCUGAAAGCGCUGGACGAUGUGUCCGCGGAGGAGCGGGGCACGCUGGCCCUGCAGUGCGAGAUCUCAGACCCCCAGGCCCGCGUGGUGUGGCGCAAGGACGGGGUGGAGCUGGUCCCUAGUGACAAGUACGACUUCCUGCACACGGCGGGCACGCGCGGGCUCGUGGUGCACGACCUGAGCUGGGAAGACACCGGCCUCUACACUUGCAGUGUGGGCUCCGAGGAGACCAGCUCCAGAGUCAGCGUGCACGACCUGCACGUGGGCAUCACCAAGAGGCUGAAGUCGGUGGAGGUGCUGGAGGGCCAGAGCUGCACCUUUGAGUGUGUCCUGUCCCAUGAGAACCCCAGCGAUGUGGCCAUAUGGACAGUUGGCGGGAAGACAGUGGGUGGCUCUGGCCGCUUCCGGGCCACACGCCAGGGCCGCAAAUACACCCUGGUUGUUCAAGAUGUGGCUCCUGGAGAUGCUGGGGAGGUGGUGUUCUCCGUGCGGGACCUCACCUCCAAGGCCUCCCUCAUCAUCAGAGAGAGGCCGGCAGGUAUCACGAAGCCUCUAGAAGACCAGCAGGCUGCUCCAGGUGAGGAUGUGGUGAUGAGCUGUGAGCUGUCUCGGGCCGGGACCCCCGUGCGCUGGCUAAAGGACGGGAAGGCCAUUCGCAAGAGUCAGAAGUAUGACCUGGUCACGGAAGGCACUUGGGCCACUCUGGUGGUCCGUGCGGUGUCGCUCAAGGAUUCAGGAGAAUACACGUGUGAGACAGAAGCUUCCAAGAGCACAGCGAGUCUCCGUGUGGAAGAAAAGGCCAACUGGUUCACAGACGAGCUGUCCGACCUGCAUGUGGAAGAGAAGGGCACAGCCGUGUUCACGUGCAAGACAGAGCGUCCCGCAGCUGUGGUGAUCUGGCGCAAGGGCCUCUCGGAGCUGCAUGCCUCUGGGAAGCACGCACCCAGCCAGGAGGGCCUGACCCUGAGGCUCACCAUCAGCGCCUUGGAGAAGGCGGACAGCGACACCUACACCUGUGACAUCGGCCAGGCCUGUUCCCAGGCCCGGCUCCUGGUGCAAGGCCGGAAAGUGCUCAUCACAGAGGAUCUGGAGGACAUGGAGGUGCGUGAGGGCUCUUCGGCCACCUUCUCUUGUCGCAUCUCCCCUGCCGACUAUGAGCCUGUCCACUGGUUCCUGGACAAGACGCCCCUGCACCCGAAUGAGCUCAAUGAGAUUGAGGUUCAGCCAGGUGGCUACCAUGUGCUCACCCUGCGGCAGCUGGCGCUCAAGGACUCAGGCACCAUCCACUUUGAGGCAGGGGACCAGCGGACCUCAGCUGCCCUUCGGGUCACAGAAAAGCCAAGUGUCUUCUCCCGGGAGCUCACGGAUGCCACGGUCACAGAGGGGGAGGAUCUGACCUUGGUCUGUGAGACUACUGCCCCGGACAGCCCCGUGUGCUGGACCAAGGAUGGAAAGACCCUGCGGCCAUCAGCCCGGUGCCAGCUGAGCCAGGAGGGCCACCGGGCCCAGCUGGUCAUCAAGGGUACCACUGUGCAGGACGGUGGGCGCUACAAGUGUGAGGCCGGGGGCUCCUGGAGCAGCUCCAUUGUCAGGGUCCACGCACGGCCGGUGCGGUUCCGUGAGGGGCUGAAGGACCUGGAGGUGCCGGAGGGUGGAGCUGCCACACUGCGCUGUGUGCUGUCAUCCAUGGCCGCGCCUGUGGAGUGGCGCUGUGGAGAUGAGGUUCUGCGGCCCGGAGGCAAGUACAGCCUGCGUCAGGAGGGCGCAGUGCUGGAGCUGGUGGUCCGGGACCUGCGGCCCCAGGACACCGGGCAGUACUCCUGCCACUUCGGGGACCAGAUGACCUUGGCCAUGCUCACAGUGAAGGCCCUGCCUGCUGAGUUCAUAGGGAGACUGAGAAGCAAGGAGGCCUCAGAAGGGGCCACAGCCACGCUGCGCUGUGAGCUGAGCAAGGAGGCUCCCGUGGAGUGGAGGAAGGGGUCUGAGACCCUCAGAGCCGGGGACAGAGUCAGCCUGAGGCAGGACGGGACCAUGUGUGAGCUGGAGAUUCGUGGCCUGGCCAUGGCAGAUGCUGGGGAGUACUCGUGUGUGUGUGGGCAGGAGAGGACUUCAGCCAUGAUGACCGUCAGGGCCCUGCCUGCUGAGUUCAUAGGGAGACUGAGAAGCAAGGAUGCCAUGGAAGGGGCCACAGCCACUCUGCACUGUGAGCUGAGCAAGGAGGCCCCUGUGGAGUGGAGGAAAGGGUCUGAGACCCUCAGAGCUGGGGGCAGAGUCAGCCUGAGACAGGAUGGGACCAUGUGUGAGCUGGAGAUCUGUGACCUGGCUGUGGUGGACGCUGGGGAAUACUCAUGUGUGUGCGGGCAGGAGAGGACGUCGGCCACACUGACUGUCAGGGCCCUGCCCGCCAAGUUCACAAAGAGCCUGAGGAAGGAAGAGGCCACAGAAGGGGCCACAGCAAAGCUGCACUGUGAGUUAAGCAAGGUGGCCCCCGUGGAGUGGAAGAAGGGGUCUGAGACCCUCAGAGCUGGGGACAGAGUCAGCCUGAGGCAGGACAGGACUGUGUGUGAGCUGGAGAUCCAUGGCCUGGCUGUGGCAGAUGCCGGGGAGUACUCGUGUGUGUGCGGGCAGGAGAAGACUUCGACCACGCUGACUGUCAGAGCCCUGCCCGCCAAGUUCACAAAGAGCCUGAGGAAGGAAGAGGCCACAGAAGGGGCCAUGGCCACUCUGCACUGUGAGCUGAGCAAGGAGGCCCCUGUGGAAUGGAGGAAGGGGUCUGACACUGUCAGAGCCGGGGACAGAGUCAACCUGAGGCAGGACAGGACCGUGUGUGAGCUGGAGAUCUGUGGCCUGACCAUGGAGGAUGCUGGGGAGUACUCGUGUGUGUGUGGGCAGGAGAGGACAUCAGCCACACUGACCGUCAGAGCCCUGCCUGCCAAGUUCACAAAGAGCCUGAGGAAGGAAGAGGCCACAGAAGGGGCCACGGCCACUCUGCACUGUGAGCUGAGCAAGGAGGCCCCUGUGGAGUGGAGGAAGGGGCCCAAGACCCUCAGAGCUGGGGACAGAGUCAGCUUGAGGCAGGACGGGACCAUGUGUGAGCUGGAGAUCCGUGGCCUGACCAUGGAGGAUGCUGGGGAGUACUCGUGUGUGUGUGAGCAGGAGAGGACAUCGGCCACACUGACCGUCAGAGCACUGCCUGCUCAGUUCAUCCAAAAUCUGAAGACCCAGGAAGCCAUGGAAGGGGACACAGCCACACUGAACUGUGAGCUGAGCAAGGCAGCCCCUGUGCAGUGGAGGAAGGGGUCCAAGACCCUCAGAGCUGGAGACAGAGUGAGCCUGAGGCAGGAUGGGACCAUGUGUGAGCUGAAGAUCUGUGGCCUGGCCGUGGCAGAUGCUGGAGAGUACUCAUGCAUGUGUGGGCAGGAGAGGACGUCGGCCAUGCUGACCAUCAGGGCCAUGCCCGCCAAGUUCACAAAGAGCCUGAGAAAGGAAGAGGUCACGGAAGGGACCACAGCAAAGCUACACUGUGAGUUAAGCAAGGCAUCCCCUGUGGAGUGGAGGAAGGGGUCCGUGACCCUCAGAGCUGGGGACAGAGUCAGCCUGAGGCAGGACGGAAACAUGUGUGAGCUGGAGAUUCGUGGUGUGGCCAUGGAGGAUGCUGGGGAGUACUCGUGUGUGUGCGGACAGGAGAGGACAUCGGCCAUGCUGACUGUCAGGGCCCCACAAGUGGUAUUCAGAGAGCCACUCAGGAACGUGCAGGCUGAGGAGGGUGCCUUGGCCACACUGCGGUGUGAGCUUUCUCAGCCCAAUGCUGCUGUGGUCUGGAGCAAGGGUGGCCUGGAGCUGCAGGCUGAUGGGCGCUGGGAGCCUCGGCAGCGGGGCUACACUGCAGAGCUCGUGCUGUGGGACCUGCGCAGAGAGGACGCGGGCGAGUACACUUGUGCCUGUGGACCCCAGGCCACCAGUGCUACCCUCACCGUUACAGCUGCACCAGUGCGCUUUCUCCGGGAGCUGCAGGCCCAGGAGGUGGAUGAAGGUGCCACUGCCCACCUGCGCUGUGAGCUGAGCCAAGAGGAUGCUAGUGUGGAGUGGCGCAAGGACUCCCUGCAGCUCUUCCCUUGUGCCAAGUACCAGAUGGUGCAGGAGGGAAGGGCUGCCGAGCUGUGGGUGCACCACACUGAGCAGGAGGAUGCUGGCCACUAUAUCUGUGACACAGGCCAUGCGCAGAGCACGGCCAGCCUCUCUGUCCGAGCCCCUAGGCCCACAUUCCAGAUGGAGCUGCAGAGCAUGGAGCAGGAGGCUGGCAGUGUGGCCCAGCUACGCUGCCAGCUGAGUGAGGCAGAGCCUAGAGUCCCAGUGCAGUGGCUCAAGGAGGGUGUGGAGCUGCAUGCGAGUCCCAAGUAUGAGAUACGGCGUGUGGGGACCAUGUGUGAGCUGCUGAUCCAUGGGCUGGAGGCCAAGGACACGGGCGAGUACGUCUGCAUGGCCGGUGGUCAGAAAACCAUGGCUUCUGUCAUGGUCAAAGAGCCUGAGGUGACCAUUGUGCGGGGGCUGGAGGAUGCCGAGGUGCAGGUCGACGGGGAGGUGGAGUUCAGUUGUGAGGUGUCACGGGCUGGGGCCAUGGCUGUGGAGUGGCACCUCCAGGGCCUGCCACUACAGAACAACGAGGUGACAGAGCUGGCUGUGCGGGGUGGCCGCACCCACACGCUGCGGCUGAAGGGCGUGACCCCUGAGGAUGCAGGCACUGUCUCCUUCCACGUGGGCGCCCACACAUCCUCUGCCCAGCUCACUGUCCGAGUCCCUGAUGUGAGCAUCCUGGAGCCCCUGCAGGAUGUACAGCUCAGUGAGGGCCAGGACGCCCACUUCCGGUGCCAGCUAUCCAGGGCCUGUGGCCAGGAGGCCCGCUGGGCCCUGGGAGGGGUGCCUCUGCAGGCCAAUGAGAUGAAUGACAUCACCGUGGAGCAUGGCACACUGCAUCUGCUCACCCUGCACAAGGUGACCCUGGAAGAUGCAGGAACCAUCAGCUUCCAAGUGGGCUCAUGUAGCUCAGAAGCCCAGCUGAAGGUCACAGCCAAGAACACAGUGGUGCGCGGCCUGGAGAACGUGGACGCACUCGAAGGCGGUGAGGCGCUGUUCGAGUGCCAGCUGUCCCGCCCCGAGGUGGCCGCCCACACCUGGUUGCUGGACGAUGAGCCUGUGCGAACCUCCGAGAACGCGGAGGUGGUCUACUUCGAGAACGGCCUGCGGCACCUGCUGCUGCUCAAAAACCUGCGGCCGCAGGACAGCUGCCGGGUGACCUUCCUGGCAGGGGACGUGGUGACGUCCGCGUUCCUCACAGUCAGAGGCUGGCGCCUGGAGGUACUGGAGUCCCCGCAGGACGCGGCCGUGCGAGCCGGUGGGCAGGUCCGCUUCAGCUGCACGCUCAGUGAGGCGGUGCCGGUGGGCGAGGCGACGUGGUACAUCAACGGGGCCGCUGUGCAGCCGGACGACCGCAGCUGGACGGUCACCGCCGACGGCAGCCACCACACCCUGCAGCUGCGCAGUGCCCAGCCACAGCACGCUGGCGAGGUCACCUUCGCCGCCCGCGACGCUGUAGCCUCCGCGCGGCUCACCGUGCUAGGCCUCCCAGACCCUCCAGAGGACGCAGAGGUGGUGGCACGCAGCGGCCGUUCGGUAACACUGUCCUGGGUGGCGCCUGCAAGCGACGGUGGCGGCGGUCUCUGUGGCUAUAGGGUGGAGAUGAAGGCGGCGGCCACAGGCGAGUGGCGGCUGUGCCAUGAGCUGGUGCCUGGGCCUGAGUGCGUGGUGGACGGCCUGGCCCCCGGGGAGACCUACCGCUUCCGCGUGGCAGCAGUGGGCCCAGCGGGGGCUGGGGAGCCCGUGCACCUGCCGCAGACAGUGAAGCUCGAGCCCCUGGAGCCAGUGCCUGCGGCCAGCGCCCCCGUGCCUGCGGUCCCCGCCCCCGUGUCUUCAGUCCCCGUGCCUGUGGCCCCGGUUCCUGCGCACCCAGCUCCCACACCUCCCGCUCCAGAGAGCCGGCAGGUGGCUGCCGGCGAGGACGUGUGUCUGGAGUGUGAGGUGGCCGAGGCGGGCGAGGUGGUGUGGCUGAAGGGGGCGGAGGUCAUCCAACCCAGCGGGCGCUUCCAGGUUCUCUGCCAGGGUCAGCGGCGGACGCUGGUGAUCCGGGGCUUCUCAGAGGAGGACCAGGGGGAGUACCACUGUGGCCUCACCGGAGACCCGGCCUCCUCUGCAGCUGCCUCCUUCCAGGUGGUGCUGACCACGGGAUCUGAGGACGAGGCCCCUGCACAGCCCAGCCUGCCCCCCGAGGCAGCCCAGGAAGGUGACCUGCACCUGCUGUGGGAGGCCCUGGCCCGGAAGCGUCGCAUGAGCCGUGAACCCACGCUGGACUCCAUCAGUGAGCUGCCUGAGGAGGAUGGUCGUUCACCACGCCCGCGGCAGGAGGUAGAAGAAGCGGCCCCAGACCUCUCUGAGGACUACUCCACAGCAGACGAGCUGGCACGCACUGGCGAGGCCGACCUCUCGCACACCAGCUCUGACGACGAGUCCCGGGCAGGCACUCCCUCCCUGGUUACCUACCUCAAGAAGGCUGGGAAGCCCAGCACCUCACCACUGGCCGGCAAGCUUGGGAUCCCUGCAGUUGGGAAGCCACCGAAGCAUCAGGAACAGCCACCUGCAGUUCACCCACCCCCGGGAAGCCUGAGGGCUGAAGACCUGGGUGACCCGUCCAUGGACAAGGCAGCGGUGAAGAUCCAGGCUGCCUUCAAAGGCUACAAGGUCCGCAAAGAGAUGAAGCAGCAGGAAGGACCCGUGUUCUCCCGCACGUUUGGGGACACUGAGGCACAGGUGGGGGAUGUCCUGCGUCUGGAGUGUGUGGUGUCCAGCAAGGCGGAUGUGCGGGCUCGCUGGCUGAAGGACGGCGUGGAGCUGACUGACGGCCGGCACCACCACAUCGACCAGCUUGGGGACGGCACUUGCUGUCUGCUGGUGACGGGCCUGGGCCGUGCAGACGCUGGCCGCUACACCUGCCAGGUGAGCAGCAAGUUCGGCCACGUGGCCCACAGCGCCUGUGUGGUAGUCAGCGGGACUGAGAGCGAGGCGGAGAGCUCCUCGGGGGGCGAGCUGGAUGACGCCUUCCGCCGAGCAGCCCGGCGGCUGCACCGCCUGUUCCGCACCAAGGGCCCGGCCGAAGUAUCGGACGAAGAGCUCUUCCUGAGCGCAGACGAGGGCCCGGCGGAGCCGGAGGAGCCGGGGGACUGGCGGACUUACCGCGAAGAAGAGCACUUUGUCUACAUUCGCUUCGAGGCGCUUGCCGAGGCCCACCGUGCGGCCACCUGCUUCCGGGAGAUGUUUGGCACCAUGGGCAUCGGCGUGGACAUCAGCCUGUCAGAGCAGGGUCCCCGGGGGGUGGAGAUGCGCAUCAGCAAGGUGGCUCCUGCCCCCGCAGCAGCUCAGGAGGUGGUGCCCCGGCCGCUGACCACAGAUGCCGCUCCAGUGUUCCUGACUGAGCUGCAGAAUCAGGAGGUGCAGGACGGGUACCCCGUGAGCUUCGACUGUGUGGUGACAGGCCAGCCGGUGCCCACCGUGUGCUGGUUCAAGGACGGCAGGAUGCUGGAGGAGGAUGACCACUACAUGAUCAGUGAGGACCAACAGGGCGGCCACCAGCUCAUCAUCACUGCAGUGGUGCCUGCAGACAUGGGUGUCUACCGCUGCAUGGCUGAGAACAGCAUGGGUGUGUCGUCCACCAAGGCAGAGCUCCGUGUGGACCUGACCAGCACGGACUAUGAAACUGCAGCCGAUGCCACGGAGACCUCCUCCUACUUCAGCGCCCAAGGCUACCUGUCCAGCCGGGAGCAAGAGGGCACGGAGUCUACCUCAGAGGAGGGGCAGCUGCCCCAGGUGGUGGAGGAGAUGAAGGACCUCCAGGUGGCCCCUGGCACACGCCUGGCCAAGUUCCAGCUCAAAGUGAAAGGCUACCCAGCGCCACGGCUGUACUGGUUCAAAGACGGGCAGCCCCUGACGGCUUCUGCACACAUCCGCAUGGCUGACAGGAAGACGCUUCACACCCUGGAGGUUGUAUCUGUCACCAAGGAGGAUGCCGGCCAGUACUCAGCCUACAUUAGCAACGCCGUGGGCGCCGCCUACUCAUCAGCCCGGCUGCUGGUCCGAGGUCCCAAAGAUCCCGAAGAGAAGCCAGAAUCAGAUGUGUACCAGCAGCUGGUGCCGCCCCGAUUCCUGGAAAGAUUCACCUCCAAGAAAGUGAAGAAAGGCUCCAGCAUCACCUUUUCAGUGAAGGUGGAAGGGUGCCCGGCCCCAGCCGUGCACUGGCUGCGGGAGGAGGCUGAGCGAGGCGUGCUGUGGAUUGGCCGUGACACGCCAGGCUACACGGUGGCCAGCUCUGCACAGCAGCACAGUCUGGUCCUGCUGGAUGUGGGCAGACAGCACCAGGGCACAUACACCUGCAUCGCCAGCAACAGCGCUGGCCAGGCCCUCUGCUCCGCUAGCCUGCACAUCUCUGGCCUGCCCAAGGAGGCAGGGGCAGCAGAGGAGCAUGCUGGGGUGAAGGAGGCCCUCAUCUCCACCUUCCUGCAGGGGACCCAAGCCGUCUCCACGCAGAUGUCAGAACCUGCAGGUUUCACUGAUCUUGCUGGGCAGAGGAAAGGAGAGCCCAUGGCGGUGGAGGCCCGUAGCCACUUGUCCCUGGCCGAGGUGGGCACAGAGGAGUUCCUGCAGAAGCUCACCUCCCAGAUCACAGAGAUAGUGUCGGCCAAGAUCACGCAGGCCAAGCUGCAGGUGCCUGGAGGUGACAGCGAUGAGGAAUCUAAGACACCGUCUGCAUCCCCCUGGCAUGGCCGUUCCCGCCCCUCCUCCAGCGUCCAGGAGUCAUCCUCGGAGUCGGAGGAUGGGGACUCCCGUGGCGAGAUCUUCGACAUCUAUGUGGUCACGGCUGACUACCUGCCCCUGGGGGCCGAGCAGGAUGCCAUCUCACUGCGGGAGGGCCAGUAUGUGGAAGUGCUGGACUCCGCCCACCCGCUGCGCUGGCUUGUGCGCACCAAGCCCACCAAGUCCAGCCCCUCACGCCAGGGCUGGGUGUCCCCUGCCUACCUGGACAGGCGGCUCAAGCUGUCACCCGAGUGGGGGCCCACUGAGGCCCCCGAGUUCCCAGGGGAGGCCGUGUCUGAGGAUGAAUACAAGACAAGGCUAAGCUCCAUCAUCCAGGAGCUGCUGAGCUCUGAGCAGGCCUUUGCGGGCAAGCUGCAGUUCCUGCAAAGCCACCACAUGCAGCACCUGGACCGCUGCCCCCAUGUACCUGUGGCUGUGGCCUCCCAGAAGGCUGUCAUCUUUCGAAAUGUGCAGGACAUCAGCCAUUUCCACAGCAGCUUCCAGAGGGAGCUGCAGCAGUGUGACACGGAUGACGAUGUGGCCAUGUGCUUCAUCAAGAACCAGGCGGCCUUUGAGAAGUACCUGGAGUUCCUGGUAGGCCGCGUACAAGCCGAGUCUGCGGUGGUCAGCACAGCAGUGCAGGAGUUCUACAAGAAAUACACGGAAGACGUGCUGUCAGCCUUAGACCCCUCGCAGCCACCACCGCCGCCCCUGCAGCACUUCCUGGAACAGCCUGUGGAGCGGGUCCAGCAGUACCAGGCCCUGCUCAAGGAGCUGAUCCGCAACAAGGCGAGGAACAGGCAGAACUGCGCGCUGUUGGAGCAGGCGUAUGCUGUGGUGUCGGCCCUGCCGCAGCGCGCUGAGAACCAACUGCACGUGUCGCUCAUGGAGAACUACCCAGGCACCCUGCAGGCCCUGGGCGAGCCCAUCCGCCAGGGCCACUUCAUCGUGUGGGAGGGGGCGCCGGGCGCACGGAUGCCCUGGAAGGGCCACCAUCGGCAUGUCUUCCUGUUCCGCCACCACCUGGUGGUCUGCAAGCCCAGACGGGAUUCCCGCACCGACACCUUCAGCUAUGUCUUCCGGAACAUGAUGAAGCUGAGCAGCAUCGACCUGAAUGACCAGGUGGAGGGUGACGACCGCGCCUUCGAGGUUUGGCACGAGCGAGAGGACUCUGUGCGCAAGUAUCUGCUGCAGGCACGGACGGUCAUCACCAAGAAUUCCUGGGUGAAGGAGAUCUGCGGCAUCCAGCAGCGCCUGGCCCUGCCCAUGUGGCAACCCCCAGAUUUCGAAGAGGAGCUGGCAGACUGCACAGCCGAGCUGGGUGAGACUGUCAAGCUGGCCUGCCGUGUGAUAGGCACACCCAAGCCCAUCGUCAGCUGGUACAAAGACGGGAAGCCAGUGGAAGUGGACCCUCACCACAUCCUCAUCGAGGACCCCGAUGGCUCAUGUGCCCUCAUUCUGGACAACCUGACUGGCGUGGACUCCGGCCAGUACAUGUGCUUCGCGGCCAGUGCUGCUGGCAAUGCCAGCACCCUAGGCAAGAUACUGGUGCAAGUACCCCCACGGUUUGUGAAAAAGGUCCGGGCAGUGCCCUUUGUGGAGGGAGAGGACGUUCAGGUCACCUGUACCAUCGAAGGUGCCCCACACCCCCAGAUCAGGUGGUACAAGGACGGGGCCCUGCUGACACCCAGCGGCAAAUACCGAACGCUGAACGAGCCCCGCAGUGGCCUGCUGGUGUUGGAGAUCUUGGCGGCCAACAAGGAGGACCUGGGCCACUAUGAGUGCGAGUUGGUGAACCGGCUGGGCUCUGCGAGGGGCGGGGCAGAGCUGUGCAUGCAGAGCCCAGCUGUGCGAGCCCGGGAACAACGUCGCAGAGAGCAGCUUGCAGCUGUGGAAGAUGUUGCCCUGGAGCCAGCAGACAAGGAGAUCACGUCUGUUCCAAGGAUGCUGGUGUGCCCCGAGGCUCCAGGACCCUCCACAGGGGACCACGCUGGCCCCAUCCCUGGCCCUGGGGGGCCACCCAAACACCAGGAGGCUGGCCCCAAACUCCUAGGCACGGAGGUUGCAGAUGCAUCUGGUGAGGCCCAGUGGCCUCAGGCUGACCACAAAGUGCCACCUGCUCUCAGGGUCCCCCCUAUGCUGGCUUCAACCUUGGCCACCCCAGCUGAGCCUCAGAAGGUGCCAGAGCCUCUUCCCCAGGAGGGCCAGGAGCAGGACUUGGGGGCCCAUGCUGAGGCCCAGGGACGCACUGUGCCCAUCCGGAUGGAGGGUACAGCCUGGCCGGGAGCAGGAGCAGUGGACCUAUGGGACAUCCACAGCCAGGUGUUCAUGGAGACCACGCAUCGGACAUACGUGUACCAGGCCAGCGACACGGGUGCCACAAGGCCCCCAUCCAUGCAGGUCACCAUCGAAGACGUGCAGGCACAGAGGGGCAGCACCGCGCAGUUCCAAGCAGUCAUCGAGGGCAACCCGCAGCCCACAGUGACCUGGUACCGGGAUGAUGCCCAGGUAGUGGGCGGACCCCGGCUCAGCCAGCAUCGGGAAGGGACUACCUACUCCCUGGUGCUAAGGGACGUGACCCAGCAGGACGCAGGCGUCUACACCUGCCUGGCCCAAAACGCUGGUGGCCAGGUGCUGUGUAAAGCGGAGCUGGUGGUCCUCGGGGGAGACAGCGAGCCUGACAUUGAGAAGCAAAGCUAUCGAAGGAAGCUGCACUCCUUCUAUGAGGUCAAGGAGGAAAUUGGAAGGGGCGUGUUCGGCUUCGUGAAGAGGGUGCAGCACAAGGGAAACCAGAUGUUCUGCGCGGCCAAGUUCAUCCCCCUGCGGAGCAGGACGCGCACCCAGGCGUACCGCGAGAGGGACAUCCUGGCCACGCUCAGCCACCCACUGGUCACAGGGCUGCUUGACCAGUUUGAGACCCGGAAGACCCUGAUCCUUGUCCUGGAGCUGUGCUCCUCAGAGGAGCUGCUGGACCGGCUGUUCAAGAAGAGUGUGGUGACUGAGGCUGAGGUCAAGGUGUACAUCCAGCAGCUGGCAGAAGGGCUGCAUUAUCUGCACGGCCAGAGCAUUCUCCAUUUGGACAUAAAGCCCCCAAAUAUCCUGAUGGUGCAUCCCGCUCGGGAGGACAUUAAAAUCUGCGACUUCGGCUUUGCCCAAAAAAUCACCCCAGCAGAGCCACAAUACAGCAAGUAUGGCUCCCCAGAGUUUGUAUCCCCUGAGAUCAUUGAGCAGACUCCCGUGAGCAAGGCCUCGGACAUCUGGGCCAUGGGGGUCAUCUCCUAUCUCAGCCUGACCUGCUCGUCACCGUUUGCUGGUGAGAGUGACCGAGCCACCCUCCUGAAUGUGCUGGAGGGGCGGGUGUCUUGGAGCAGCCCCAUGGCUGCCCACCUCAGCGAGGAUGCCCAGGAAUUUAUCAAGGCUGCCCUGCAGAGGGCCCCAGAGGCCCGACCCAGCGCAGCCAAGUGCCUGGCCCACCCUUGGUUCCAGAAGUCCGUGCCCGCGGAGGAGGCCCACUUCAUCAACACCAAGCAACUCAAGUUCCUGCUAGCCCGCAGCCGCUGGCAGCGCUCCCUGAUGAGCUACAAGUCCAUCCUGGUGAUGCGCUCCAUUCCCGAGCUGCUCCAGGGCCCGCCCGACAGCCCGUCCCUCGGGGUGGCCCGGCACCUGCACGAAGGCGCCAGCGCCGCCUCCAGCAGCUCGUCCUCGUCCUCCGACAACGAGCUGGCACCCUUCGCCAGGGCCAAAUCGCUGCCGCCCUCUCCGGUGACCCACUCCCCGCUGCUGCACCCGCGGGGCUUCUUGCGGCCGUCCGCUAGCCUGCCGGAGGAGGCCGAGGCUUGCGCGUCUGCCGCCGCCGCGCCUCGGCCGGCGUCGCCCCCAGGUGCAGAGGUGCCUGCUGCCCCGGGCUGCGUUCCCCGGCAGAGCGUCAUCCGCAGCCUCUUCUACCAGCAGGCAGGCGAGGCCCCGGAGCGCGGAGGCCCCGCCAUGGGCGGCAGGCGGCACCCCGCCCGGCGGAGGCACCUGCUCAAGGGCGGCUACUUCGCAAAGGCCCUGCCCGGCCUGCGGGAGCCGCUGCUGGAGCAUCGCGCGCUGGAGGAGGAGGCCGCCCGGGAGGAGCAGGCCGCUCUGAUGGCCAAAGUGCCCUCCUUCGAGACCGCCCUGCGGCUGCCUGGCUCCAGCGCCCGAGUGGCACCCGGCCGCAGCCGAUCCCUGGAGCUCGACCAGCCACACUCCACCAGCUCUUCCACUGAGGCCUGUGGCGGGGGGCAGUGCCCUGCCCCAGGCCUCUCAGGCCUCCAGAUAGCCUCAGGGGAGAACCUGCCAGGAGGGGUCACAUGUGCCCAGGAGAUGCAGCGUCCAGAGGGAUCCCAGCAGGGGCCAAGACUACUGCCAUCCAUCGGGGGCCUCCCAGGGGCUGCUCAGCAAGAGGGGUCAUCCCAGGACAGCUGUGGGUGGCAGCCCACCCCUUCCUUCCAGCCCCAGUGGGGUCCCACUCCCCUGCAAGGCUGUGGCCCCCCUAAGGCUGUUACACCACAACUUUCUGGCUCCUUCCCUUCAGAGCAGUGCACGGGGCCCCUCUGGGCAUCCUCCAGCCCCUUCCUCUCGGGGGAGACCCAGGCUCCCCUCUCCCCAGCCCAAGACAGCUGCCAGCCAGGCUCUAUGGAGAGUCCAAAGGACACUUGUCUCCCUGGGAGGCUGAGUCCCCCUAGCUCCUCAGGGCUGGCUUCCCAGGUGGGCACGGGGCCUGGUCCCUCCCAGGAUGCCACCCUGGAGCUGGAGGAUGCAUCAGAACCGGAGCCCAGCCCACAGCGGCCUCAGGAACAGGCCACCAUGCGGAAGUUCUCCCUGGGGCAACAUGGGGGCUACGCAGGAGUGGCGGGUUAUGGCACCUUUGCCUUUGGUGGGGAUGCAGGGGGCAUGCUGGGGCAGGGUCCCCUGUGGGCCAGGAUGGCCUGGGCCACCUCUCAGUCCUCAGAGGAGCAUGAUGACACUGGGGCUCAGAGCCCACCCCCCCAGGCCAGCGCAGCGCCCCUUCCCGAGGGCAGCAGGGCACCCCCAAGGGCCUCCCCAGAGCUGAGCUCGUGGGAAGACUUCGGCAGGGGCUCCCAGGUGUCCCUGGUGCAGAUCCAAGACCUGUCUGGGGACUCAGAAGCAGCGGACACCGUGUCCCUGGACAUCUCAGAGGUGGAGCCUGCCUACCUCAACCUGUCCGACCUGUAUGACAUCAAGUACCUCCCUUUCGAGUUCAUGAUCUUCAGGAAGGUCCCCAAGCCUGUGGAACCAGAGUCACCUUCCUCCCCGGAAUCCGAGGCAGAGGAGGAGCUGGCUGAGUUCCCAGGGGCCGCGUGGCCCUGGCCAGGCGCACUGGGUCCACCAGCCAGCCUGCAGAUCACAGAGGAGCCAGAGGACAUGGAGACCCUGCUCGGGGAGGCCACUGGCAGUAGGAAGCGGAAAUGGUCACCCCCCUCCGGUGGCCUCUUCCACCUCCCCAGGAGACACACGCUGGAGGAGCCCCUGGAGCUGGGACUGCGCAGGAGGGUGAGGGCCUCAGUGGCCCACAUCUCCCGCCUCCUGAAGGGCAGGCCGGAAGGUCUGGAGAAAGAGAGCCCCCCCAGGAAGAAGGCAGGCCUGGCUUCCUUUCGGCUGGGCCUGAAAAGCAAGGACCGAGCGCCAUCCUUUCUAAGGGAGCUCUCAGAUGAAACGGUGGUCUUGGGCCAGUCAGUGACUCUUGCCUGCCAAGUGUCAGCCCAGCCAGCUGCACAGGCCACCUGGAGCAAAGAUGGGACUCCCCUGGAGAGUAGCAGCCGCCUCCUUAUCUCCUCCACACUCAAGAACUUCCAGCUCCUGACCAUCCUGGUGGUGAAUGCUGAUGACCUGGGAGUGUACACGUGCAGCGUUCGCAACACGCUGGGGACUGCGGCCACCACGGCCAUCCUCCGGAAGGCAGAGCGCCCCUCGUCUUCCCCCCGCCCGGACAUCGGGGAGGUAUAUGCCGACGGGGUGCUGCUGGUCUGGAAACCCGUGGAGUCAUACGGCCCCGUAACCUACAUUGUGCAGUGCAGCUUGGAAGGUGGCAGCUGGAACACCCUGGCUUCUGACAUCUUCGACUGCUGCUACGGCGCCAGCAAGCUUUCGAGGGGCGGCACAUACAUCUUCCGCACGGCCUGCGUCAGCAAGGCGGGCAUGGGUCCUUACAGCAGCCCCUCAGAGCCGGUUCUCCUGGGAGGGCCCAGCCACCUGGCCUCUGAGGAGGAGAGCAGCGCCUCGCGGCCAGCCCAGCCCCUCCCCAGCACGCAGACGUUCGCCUUCCAGACGCAGAUCCGAAGGGGCCGCUUCAGCGUGGUGCGGCAGUGCCGGGAGAAGGCCAGCGGACGCGCGCUGGCCGCGAAGAUCGUUCCCUAUCGCCCCGAGGACAGGACUGCCGUACUGCGCGAAUACGAGGCUCUCAAGAGCCUGCGCCACCCGCACCUGGCCCAGCUGCAGGCCGCCUACCUCAGCCCCCGGCACCUGGUCCUCAUCUUGGAGCUUUGCUCGGGACCCGAGCUGCUCCCCUGCCUGGCGGAGAGGGUCUCCUACUCAGAGUCGGAGGUGAAGGAUUACCUAUGGCAGAUGCUUAGCGCCGCCCAGUACCUGCACGCCCAGCGCAUUCUGCAUCUGGACCUCAGGUCCGAGAACAUGAUCGUCACCGAAUACAACUUACUCAAGGUCGUCGACCUGGGCAACGCCCAGAGCCUCGCCCAGGAGAAGGUCCUGCCCUCCGAGAGGUUCAAGGACUACGUGGAGACCAUGGCUCCCGAGCUCCUGGAGGGCCAGGGUGCCGUCCCACAGACCGACAUCUGGGCUAUAGGCGUGACAGCCUUCAUCAUGCUGAGCGCGGAGUACCCGGUGAACGGUGAAGGGACACGCGACCUGCAGAAAGCCUUGCGCAAGGGGCUCAUCCGUCUGGGUUGCUGCUACGCGGGGCUGUCCGGCGGCGCGGUGGCUUUUCUCCGGAGCACGUUGUGUGCGCACCCCUGGGGCCGGCCGUGCGCGACCAGCUGCCUACAGUGUCCAUGGCUAACCGAGGAGGGCCCUGCGGGCUCCCAGCCCGCGGCUGUCUCCUUCUCCACCGCGCGACUUCGAGCCUUCGUGCGCGAGCGAGAGAAGAAGAGGGCGCUGCUGUACAAGAAGCACAACUUGGCCCAGGUGCACUAAGCACCCGGCCUGGCAGAGAGGGGGUGUGUGUGAUGGGGGGGUGGGAGGUCGCCCUUCUGGGCUGCGCCCCUCAGUCUCCGCUCUAGGACUCGCUGUAUAUGAACAGACAGGCCAAUAAAAAAGCAGAACCGGA